GGCGGCGGCGGCGGCGGCCGGGCUGAGGUGCUCGGGCGGCAGCAGCGCGGCGGCCGCCUCCUUCGUGCGCCGCCGCCUCGGUGCCCGCCCGCCCGCCCGCCGGCCGGCCGGCCAUGGCAGGAGCCGGAGGCGGCGGCUGCCCCGCGGGCGGCAACGACUUGCAGUGGUGCUUCUCGCAGGUCAAGGGGGCCGUCGACGAGGACGUGGCCGAAGCUGACAUCAUCUCAACUGUUGAAUUUAAUUACUCUGGAGAUCUUCUUGCAACGGGAGACAAGGGCGGCAGAGUUGUUAUUUUUCAGCGGGAACAAGAGAACAAAAGUCGCCCUCACUCUAGGGGAGAAUAUAAUGUUUACAGUACCUUUCAAAGUCAUGAACCAGAGUUUGACUAUUUGAAAAGUCUAGAAAUUGAGGAAAAAAUUAAUAAAAUUAGGUGGUUACCACAACAGAAUGCUGCGCAUUUUCUACUCUCUACAAAUGAUAAAACUAUUAAAUUAUGGAAAAUAAGCGAACGGGACAAAAGAGCAGAAGGUUAUAACUUGAAAGAUGAAGAUGGACGGCUUCGAGACCCAUUUCGAAUUACAGCACUGCGGGUUCCAAAAUUGAAGCCCAUGGAUCUUAUGGUAGAAGCAAGUCCACGACGAAUUUUUGCAAAUGCUCACACAUAUCAUAUAAAUUCCAUUUCAGUAAAUAGUGAUCAUGAAACAUAUCUUUCUGCAGAUGACCUGAGAAUUAAUCUAUGGCAUUUAGAAAUCACAGAUAGAAGUUUUAACAUCGUGGACAUCAAGCCUGUGAACAUGGAGGAGCUGACGGAGGUGAUCACCGCGGCCGAGUUCCACCCGCACCAGUGCAACGUGUUUGUGUACAGCAGCAGCAAAGGGACCGUCCGACUGUGUGACAUGCGCUCUUCAGCCCUGUGUGACAGACACUCCAAGUUUUUUGAAGAGCCUGAAGAUCCCAGCAGUAGGUCCUUCUUCUCAGAAAUAAUCUCCUCCAUCUCCGACGUAAAAUUCAGUCACAGCGGUCGGUACAUGAUGACCCGAGACUACCUGUCAGUGAAGGUGUGGGACCUCAACAUGGAGAGCCGGCCCGUGGAGACCCACCAGGUCCACGAGUACCUGCGAAGCAAGCUUUGUUCUCUGUAUGAAAACGACUGCAUCUUCGACAAGUUUGAGUGCUGCUGGAGCGGUUCAGACAGUGCGAUCAUGACGGGGUCCUACAACAACUUCUUCAGGAUGUUUGAUCGGAAUACGCGGAGGGAUGUCACGCUGGAAGCUUCCCGGGAGAACAGCAAGCCUCGAGCCAGCUUAAAGCCUCGGAAAGUGUGUACAGGCGGUAAGAGAAAGAAGGACGAGAUUAGUGUGGACAGUCUGGACUUCAAUAAGAAGAUCCUGCACACGGCCUGGCACCCGGCAGAGAACAUUAUCGCCGUGGCCGCCACCAACAACCUGUACAUCUUCCAGGACAAAGUCAACUAAGGAAGCCAGCGCGGGGACUGAGCCCGGCUGUCUUCUCUGAGGAGGGGCGCGUCCUCCUCCCGGUGAGGAGCAGCAAGGUGCUGCCCGCUCCCCUUCACAGACUGGAGGGGCCGGUCUUCCACCUGCAGCGAGGCGGGCCAGGUUGCUGCUCCGCGGAAGACCCACUCACCCACUCAGCGCAGCAUUGGUGGACAGUGCUCAGUAACGGCCAUUACUCAGAAUAAAUGUAUUUAUUUCAGUCUGAGCCUUGCUUUCCAGUUUGUAGACCAAAAAGUUAACACCCAAGAGAAAAGUUGUCUGAUGGAAUGUCUGUCUCUCUGCAGCCCUCCCCCCCCCCACCGCCCCCCCUCAUACUCGGGCCUUCACACGUGUGUGCCGCCGUGCCCCCUCCCCUCCGCCUUCCCCCGAGCCCAGGUGGCCUCCAUUGCGGGCAUGGGUUCGCCAAGCAGGCUCAGGCAGCUUUACUCCCCCCCCACACACCUGUAUCUACCAUCACGCCUUCUGGUGUGACCACUGAAUAAAAGCCACACAUUCUAAAACGUGUUUUUAAAUCCAAGAUAAGUAUCGGCUUUUUAUUUGCUUUCAUGGCACAUGAUGGAAUUCUGCAGAAUCGUGCUUUGGAACAACAUGAAAAGCUUCUGUCCUCCGUUGGCAGAAUGGUGGCACGUGUGCUCUGAACCCGUCCGUCCCAAACUCUGUAACUCUGUUUCGUUUCUGUGGAAAGAGUGCAGGUAACACACCAGGUAAGGUCUGCACAAAGCCUGGGAUCGCCUCUGAGAAAGACAGUUGUGAGCAGCAGAACCGCCGCUACGGAAGUACAACAUCUGGUUUCCAGUACAGCCAGGAACACAGACGUGCUUUCUCUUUAAACCUUUUUAAAGAGUACUUGUGGGAGGGAUACUCUUUUUAAAAAUUGCUGAGAUUACAUGCAUGCUCAGUUUCAUACUGCAUUUCAAGCCAACAGAAUUAAGCAACUGUAAUUACUGUGCGAUGCCAUCACUACCCUGGUGUGGCGUAUUUUUAAAGUAGGAUCUUUGAUACCAGAAAUCAGCAUUUCCCAAGACAAACUGUAGAGGUGUAACAAUGCUAAGUGAUUGGACCUUACUGGGAUUUCACACACGGGCCCAAAUCACAGCGUCCUCCAGGGGACGGGAGCGCCGGGGUGCACGCACCGCUCUCGAAAUUUUAAGGCGUAUUUUGGUUACUAACGGUAUCGAUCUGUAAGAACAAAUGUCUUGAUAAUGAACAUUCUGUUCAUUUCCCUGAAUUAAUGUUAACAGCCACUUCAAAUCACAUUCAGUUAGAAAUGGAGAAUUUCUAAGUAGAGUUAAUUUAAAAAUAAUUCUUACCGUAUAUCCAUUGUGGCGCAGUUGACAAAUCUGAGGUGUGGAGCAGAGUUCUCGAAGUGUUAGUCCACCCUGGUCCUUCAGAAAAAGCUCCAAUGGGAUUGUAUAUACAUGUUCAACUAUUUUGAUCAAAAGGUGUAAUAAAUUUUAAAUGUCUAA